CAGGUGAAGCGUAGAAUUCAGGUGAAGCGUAGAAUAGGAAUCACCUGCACCUUGCGAGGCGACGAUGGCGUGGAGGCGGCUGGCCAGCGGCACGGCGGCGGCGCAUCUCCGCCGCCAUGUCGUCUCCUCCCCGCCACUCGCCGCCCCCUCGCGCGCCUUCUCCGCCGCCAACCCUACCCUUCUCGGCAGGGAAGCGCUGCAGGGCAUCCGGUCGCGGUGUUCGAGCUCGCCCCCCGCGUUUCAGGCUCGCGCCCCCGGGCUGGGACUGGGAGCUCUGCUGGCGGCCAGGGUGUCUUCCGGAGCUCGCCCGAAGCUGUCAGGUCUCCUAAAGGGAUUUGGGGCCGGUGGCUCCGCCAUUGCUGUGAUGCUUUAUCCGAGAGAAGUUGCUCAGGCAGCCGAACGGCCAGCAGGGAUCUCGUCACAAGAUAAUGCUCUGCUCUCACCAGAUACGAAACAGAUGCUUCGGAAACUGUGGAAUUUGCUCAGGAAAUUUCAGCUGCCUAUCGGUUUGAUUCUUUUGGUUGUGUACAGUUGGAAGAAACCAAUUGUUCUCGCCAUCAACACUUUGCUUCUUCUCUACUCUACAAGGCCGGACCCCUAUUCCAUAUACUUGUUUCUUCAGGAGAUUCAUCAAGGGAAGGUGCGUCAGAAUCCUGCUUUGUGGAGGGAUGAGUUCAUGCAGACUAGAAAAGUUGAUACUGAAGACUACAAGUUCUUUUCUAUCGGAAGAGUUGAAUUAAAGGACGGAACGGUGCUACAUGCCAUCGGAAUUCUUGGCAACUGGUGGACCUAUCAUGUGUCUUAUGCCAAGAGAGUGCAGCCCAUGUAGCAUUUACUUUUCGUUCUGAGAAAUGGCUAAUGGGCAGUAACUACCUAGAGCUUUUGACAUUUGUAUUAUGUGAACUAU